AUGCAUCAAACACCAAUAGUAUCUCAUGGAUUUAAUCACCAAUCUUUUUAUCGUCAACCAAUAUCGAAUUUGAGACAAAUUCAUGAAGUUGUAUCGAAUCGAAACAAUGAAACUCAACAUAUAGAUAAUGUUACACCAAGCUCAUUUCCUUCUAUCUCGAAUCAGCAACCUAUUUUCGAGCAUAUGAACCUCGAAAAAGAAAUUAAAUCACCAUUAAAUGAUAAUAUACAACAACAAAUUGAACUUAACCGAGACUCACAAGACUUUCAACAACGUUUGAAAAAACUGAUGAUUAAUAAUCAAGAAAGUGGUUUCGCAAAGGACUUAUUAGGAGCCAGUAAAACUAAUAAUACUGUUAAACGACAGUCUAGAAGUACAGGUAAGCCAUCCAACGUAAAUCAAAACCGACUUUUAUCUAGACAAACUAGUCUAGAACUUAAACCUAAUACUGAUAAUAUCUCGCCACAAGGUUCAACAUCAUUAGCUAAUUCAUAUUCAGCUGGUGAUUUAUAUGAUUCGAUUCGGCGAGAACGAAAAGCUCAUACAAUGGCUCCGUCAACUCGAAUAUCAGGACCGAUUUCUGCUGUAAAAUCAAAUAUGUUUGCCAAAAUUGCUGCUCCAAUUGAUUCUCAAGCAAUGAAAUCGUCUUCUUUAACACAACCAAUAUCUAACGAAACAUUGAAUUUUUAUUCUCAGCCAGGUGUUGAAAUGAAUGGUGUUGUUAACGACGGCUAUGGACCAGACGAAGAUGAUAAUGCGCCAAUCAUUGUGAAAGUUCGUUAUGACCCGGAAACUGGUGAACCACCAUCUGAAGAAGCUAUUCGACAAAUGAUAAACAAUAGAUUACAAGGACAGCCUAAUGGAAACUUCAAUAAUGAUCCAAUUGUUCUUAAUUUUACGGAUAAUACUAUUAGAUCUUCAACUUCGCAAGAAUCAACUAGACCAGAACAGCUAUAUUUUAAUCAAUCUCCUCUAACUGCUCCAUCACAAGUCAAUCAUCCAAAUAUUCGAAUGCCUUCUCCUUCACAACAACAGUAUCAGCAGCAAAACUUACAAUUAUUACACCGACAGCAUCCGCAACAAUUCGUGCAACAACAGCAACAAUUCGUGCAACAACAGCAACAAUUUCAGUUACAACAAAAGCGACAACAACAACUUCAAUUGCAACAAAAGCAACAACAACAAUUGCAGUUACAACAAAGACAAAAGCAACAACAACAACAACGGCAACUACAACUACAACAAUAUCAACUACAACAAAAGGAACAACUACAACGACAACAAUUACAAAUACGACAAAGAGAACAAUUUCAACAACGACUACAGCAACAAAAAGAACAACAGCAAGUGCAACUGCAACGAAAAGAACAAGUACAACGGCUACGACAAGAACUUUUACUACAACAACAAAAGCAAAAACAACAGUUACAACAAUUCCUACAACAACAAAAUGAACGAAAACAACAAAUUUUACAAACAGAGGAACAACAGAGGUAUCGACAACUAUUGCAAAAACAACAAGAAUUACGUCAACGGCAGCAACAAACUUUUCAACAAAAACAUCGAAAUCCGUCUCUUCCGCCAAUGGGUCCACGACCGUCACGAACCACUGGUCCUAUUCGACCUAUGUUUAUUAAUCAGCCAUCUGCUAUAUUCCCGCAAAACAAAAACAUUCGUCCAAUACAACCAAUUCCAAUUCUUCCAAUGCCUGUAAAAACUUCAGACAAUAUCUCAACCAUUAAUAUACAACGAUUACCUUAUCGAAAUUUCAGCUCAACACAACCUAAUAGUCCAAUAUCAUCAGACAUGGGUGCAUUCGAGAAUUAUUCUCGUAAACAGACACCAAGUCUGUUUAUACCAAUUAAUUUCGGAAUGCCUAAUGAGCCACAAUCAAUACCAAUAAGCAAGUCUACCAGUCCCUUUGUUUCACCAUACUCAUUACAAAGGCCAUAUACUGCACCUAGUUCUUCUGAAAUGUAUCGACCAUCAUCAGCACUCGACAUACCUGAAUUAAGUCAAGAAAAUCUCCGUGAUAUGCUUAAUCAAAUUCCUGAUUUACAUGGACGUCAAUUUCAUAUUGAGUAUAUGGAACCGACUGAUCCUGAUGGCUAUCCAGUUCCAUCACCAUUGGAUCACAAUAAUGAUAAAUAUCCUGUACCUGUUUUUGUAGAUCAAUUGCCAAACAAUAUUAUUCAGCAUGUAAGAAGUAGUAAUAAUCUUGCACUUCAAGCUGCAUUAGAUCCAGCUGGUCAAGCAGAAAAAAAUUUUCAACUUAUCGAUCAACCUCAAAGAAUCGUACCAAUGUUAAAUGGACACUCAUCAACACUAUUAAAUCAUAAUGCACGACCUAAACAAAACGUACAACGAUAUAGAUCGCUAUCGUUAUAUAGUUCAGAUAAUAUUACUGACACAUAUACAUAUGAAAAAGUUCUGAAACUGAAUAAAUACCAAUAG